AUCAUGCUGCUUGCUGUCUGUGAUCCCUCUCUCUCUCUCACCAGCUCUUUUUGACCCUCCCACUCUCUUAGGACAGACUGCAUGCUCUCUCUUUCCCCAUCCCCAGUCAACCUUCUUUCUGUCACCAUUCUCCUCUUUCUCUCUCUUGUUCUCUUCCCCCUCUUUCUUUUUGCUUUCUCUAAAAGUUAUCUGGUGAGGACAGGAAAAGACGUUUGGAUGAUUUUGACUCCUCCAUCAGCGUCCUCUGGGGAAAACAUCAUUCGUGGCUUAUAGCCUCUUCACUUAUCACCCAGUCCAAUGGAUGCAUUGUUUGGCCUGCGUUUCAGACGGAAAGCUUGUGAGCCAAGCGGUCGCAGGCACUCCAGCGUGUCACUUCCAGCGAGUAAAGCGCGCCGGCGCUCCAACGUGGGCCUGGCGUCAGCAGGCCUGGCUCAGAGGCGCAGGUCUAGCGCUCAGCUCCAAACCAGCAAUGUACAGCCUGGGUUCUUACAGUACAGAAGAGGCCACUUCACCAGGAGGAGGUCGAGCGGUGCAACGGCUUGCCUCACCCCGCGGUUCGCUAUCCGUCGAAGACAGGCUGCCAAACACCGCAGCAUUCACGCCCAGCUCCUGGGACCUUCACUGCUCUUGGCUAGCGUGGUGCAAAUGAGUGAAGAUUACGAAACGGAGAAUAAGAAUGUAGAAGAAUACUCCUCUCUUUCUGAUAGUGACUGUAGCCAGGAGGAGCACAAACAAGCAAGAAUGGACUUAGAGUCAGAGUCUGAGAAGUGUAUGACCUGGUUGGCUCAGGGUUUGUUGGAGGGAGAUAGAGUUCAGCCCCGCCCCCUCAUCCGCGCCCCACGUUGCUUGCGGCGAAACUCCUCACACUUACUACCUGCUGAGGCUGUUUACCGAAGCCCAGCCGCUUAUGGGCUGUACGGCCGUUACCGUAGGACCAGUCAGACACAGGGCCUGUCUAAUAUAGGUGGAUUGUGGGCAGGGAGAAAAAGUUCUCUUGCACCUCGAGGAUCAGUUGCACUGUACAGGACGAGCUCCCCUUGCUGGCCAGACCUUGAUCUUUCGCAAACACUGCAGGGAUCUUACUACAACCCACAGAUUGACACAUGGAGUGCGUUCCUAUCGAAGGCCAUUGCCAAGUCUGGUCUCCAACACCUCUCAUGCCAGCCCAGUGCUGCAGUGUUGGCCAAGGGGGAAACGGACAGAGAAAUCCGCAGCACAGUGGACUGGAGUGAAUCAGCUCUGUAUGGAGAGCACAUCUGGUUUGAGACAAAUGUCUCUGGGGACUUCUGUUAUGUUGGAGAACAGCACUGUUAUGCCAAGUCCCUGCAAAAGUCUGUUGCUCGGAAAAAAUGUGCUGCUUGCAAGAUCGUAGUCCACUCCAUCUGCAUUGAACAGCUGGAAAAGUUAUUGGACUGGCAUGCUCCGCCCCAAGGGGAGGGGCUUGAUGAGGUGCCUCUCAAAGACCCGUCAUUCAGAAUAAACUUCAGAUGUAAGCCAUCUUUUAGGGAGUCAGGUUCACGGAACAUCCGGGAACACACCUGGCGACGCAGAGCUUUCAGAGGUCGCCGUGCUUUGGAGCAAUUGAGAGGUGCUGCAGCUAAAUGUAGUGCGUACACCUCUAUCGCACAGCCAGCAAUAGUGCGACACCACUGGGUCCAUCGGAGAAGGCAAGAGGGCAAAUGCAAACAGUGUGGAAAGGGGUUUCAGCAGAAAUUUGCCUUUCACAGUAAAGAGAUUGUAGCCAUUAGCUGCUCCUGGUGCAAACAGGCAUAUCAUAAUAAGGUGACAUGCUUUAUGCUGCAGCAGAUAGAAGAACCGUGUUCAUUAGGAGCACACGCUGCCGUUAUAGUACCUCCUACCUGGAUCAUACGGGUUCGCCGACCUCAGUCCUCACUAAAAUCAAGCAAAAAGAAGAAACGAACGUCUUUCAAACGCAAAUCCAGCAAGAAAGGAGCGGAGGAGGCUCGAUGGAAGCCCUUCAUUGUGAGACCUAUUCCCUCUCAACUCAUGAAGCCACUGCUGGUGUUUGUAAACCCAAAGAGUGGAGGAAAUCAGGGAUCUAAAAUCAUCCAGUCUUUUCUAUGGUACCUGAACCCUCGGCAGGUCUUUGAUCUCAGUCAGGGGGGUCCCCAGGAAGGCUUGGAGAUGUAUCGCAAAGUUCACAAUUUGAGAAUUUUGGCCUGUGGUGGGGAUGGCACGGUGGGCUGGAUUUUGUCCGCUCUUGAUCAGCUGCAGCUAAACCCUUCUCCUGCUGUGGCAGUACUUCCUCUGGGCACUGGAAAUGACCUUGCUAGGACGCUAAACUGGGGUGGGGGUUACACAGAUGAACCUCUGAGUAAAAUCCUGUCUCACGUUGAGGAUGGGAAUAUUGUACAGCUAGAUCGAUGGAAUCUUAUUGUAAAGCCCAACCCAGAGGCAGGGUCAGAGGAAAAAGACGAGCAGGUGACAGACAAGCUUCCUCUGGACGUCUUCAAUAAUUACUUCAGCCUUGGGUUUGAUGCUCAUGUCACUUUAGAGUUCCACGAAUCCCGAGAGGCCAACCCUGAGAAAUUUAACAGCCGAUUCAGAAACAAAAUGUUCUAUGCAGGGACAGCAUUUUCUGAUUUCUUGAUGGGCAGCUCCAAAGACCUGGCUAAACACAUUAGAGUGGUGUGUGAUGGCACAGAUUUGACCUCUAAAGUCCAGGAUUUGAAACUGCAAUGCCUGGUCUUCCUCAAUAUCCCCAGGUACUGUGCGGGCACUAUGCCAUGGGGAAAUCCAAGUGAGCAUCAUGACUUUGAGCCUCAGCGUCAUGAUGAUGGCUGCAUUGAGGUCAUUGGAUUCACAAUGACAUCACUGGCCACGCUGCAGGUUGGAGGUCACGGUGAGAGGUUAAAUCAGUGUCGUGAAGUCACCCUCACCACCUUUAAGCCAAUCCCCAUGCAGGUGGAUGGCGAGCCUUGCAAACUAGCUCCAUCUGUUAUUCACAUCUCCCUAAGAAACCAGGCCAACAUGGUGCAGAAAACCAAGAGACGCACAUCAAUACCACUGCUCAACGAUCAGCAACCAUUUCCAGAACGAUUACGGAUCAGAGUGAGCCGUAUCAGCAUGCAUGAUUAUGAAGCUCUGCACUACGACAAGGAGAAACUCAAAGAAGCUUCAAUUCCUCUGGGUCUCAUCGUUGUCCCAGGAGACAGUGAUUUGGAAACCUGCCGAGCUCACAUCGAGAGACUACAGGAGGACUUUGUGUCGUGUCACCCAUCUCUGCAGCGGCUGGUGCUCCAGGAAGGUGACGGGACCAAAUCGAAGGCUUUGUCGUCUCAAAGGCUGUCACCAAAAUGGUGCUUUCUAGACUCUACAACAGCUGAUCGAUUCUACAGGAUUGAUCGAGCUCAAGAGCAUCUUAACUACGUGACUGAAAUUUCUCAGGAUGAGCUGUUCGUUUUGGAUCCAGAGCUGGUUGUCACAGAGUCGGUCAGCACGUCGCCGGGUAUGCCAGACCUGGUGGACUCCUCUGGUGAUGCCCCAUCUGACCCACAUAAAUUUGCCUUCCCAUCAUCCUCGUCUUCUCCGCCAAACUCACCGGGACCCAGGGUUGCAGAGCUCCAAAGGAAGCGAGUUUCCAGUGACAGUUCUGUGGCAGAAGCACUUGCACACAGUGACUCGCUCAGAUCAGCCAAACCAGCUCUCAGCAGGGUGGGGGGUGUUCAUCGGUCAAAUACAACAGCAGCAGAUUUCAAACCUACCAGCAGGUUUGAGAAGAGCGACCUGAACAAUGCAAACUCUGUGUCAGCAGACAAUCUAAUUGAAUGUGUGAAGAAGAAAGACCAUCAGAAGUUGAAGGAGCUGCAUAAGAAGGGGGCAGACCUGUGUGUGCAGGACCCCGUGGGCCGCACCCUACUGCACUAUGCUGUGGAAGUGGGAAGCAAGGAGAUCGUCAGAUACAUCAUUGAUAAUGCACCCACCGAUAUCCUGGAUGUAACAGAGAGAGAAAAUGGAGAGACGGUAUUGCACAAAGCGGCCUCGUUGUGUCAGAGGACAAUCUGUCAUUACCUAGUGGAGGCGGGAGCAUCUCUCAUGAAGACAGACUUACAGGGUGACACUCCAAAGCAUCGUGCCGAGAAGGCGAAAGAUGCAGAACUUGCGGCGUAUCUCGAGAACCGCCAGCACUACCAAAUGAUCCAGCGUGAGGACCAAGAGACUGCAGUUUGACCAUUAACCUCUCACCCUUCACCUCAGCCGGCGUCCUCCUUUUUGUGCCAAAACAACAGUAACCAAAAAUGUAUCGCAGGCACUCUGGACUGCAGAGGGGGGGUGAUACAUUCCCAGAAAGGGAAGAUGGUCACACACUUUAGUGUCUCUGAAGAGGUCCCAAGCUUUCAUCAUCUUUCUCUGAAUGACCUGUUGGACUUACUGUCUUUCAUUUCAUUGCACUGCCAAAACAUCUUAGAGUUUGUAUGUAUGAGACAGAAUGCAUUCCCCUCUAUGUUAAUGCACUCAUCAAGCUUGCUUUUCUAGUUUGACAAUGCUGAAUGUUCAAUGAAUGCAAUGAGGAUUUAAAGAUGCAGGACAGUGCUGUGUCUGCCUCCAGAUUCAUCACUGUCUGCAAGUGUAUCUGGAGCGUUCACCGUAGCCCUGACUCCACAGCUAGCUUCAGUACUGCUCUGUUAAGGCUGAGCAUUAAUCUGGUUAGAGGUCCAGAACAUGAACCGGAACCGGAAACGACAUUUCAGUUAGCUGACUUAUUCCUUAAUAACAUUAGAGCCAUUAAUUAUGUUAAUUAUGUAUAAUGUAACUUUCUAGAUUCCCCUGCACUGAAAGAGUUCAGGUUGGUUCAAAGAUAGGAAUGUCUUCUGGGGUCUUGAUUUGAGUAUCAGAACUAUUUAGAUUUUUUCAGGUGUGUUAUUGGAAGGAUUUUGCAUUUUCAUAGAUUUCUGUGCUGUUUCUAAUAACAUUCGGUACUGUAAAUGUAUGCGAGUAGCUUUUCUGUUUAAGAGGCAUUUGCACUGUAGCUUUGAUUGCCUUCUUUAUUCUAUACUCUGGAUUUAUAAUUGAUGUACUAAAAUAUAGCUUAUUUCCUACAAUAUUUUUAAGUAAAUAGAUGUUUAUAUAAUUUGUAGCUAUAAAAGAUGUGUUGUCAUGUUUGUAUUAUAAAACUCUGUAAAUUAGAUUUUGGUUUAUUGGAGUUGAGAACAGAUCUCUCUGUGACUCGGCUCAUUUUUCUUAAAUCUUUGUGAUAAACGACACACUCUAUAAGAGUUUAUUGUUUUGUUUCGUAUUUUUUUAGUGCUGCUGUCUUAAUGCAGAUUGUAGAUUUUAGGAUGCAUAUAUUUAUUUUCCUAAAUCUUCAUAUAUUGAAAUUAAUUUGGCCUUGGAAGCUUACAUAUUUAAUAAUAUUAGUAAUUUAUGACUUGUUUCAAUUAUUUACAUCAUAGAAUGAAACUCUUCUCUGUCCAGAGACUUCAUUAAUGAUAUGACCCACUGAUUUCAAAGUUCUUUACAAUAAAUGUCAUCAUACAGUAUGUAUGCAUAUUCAUAUUGUAAAUAAGUAAAACACUGUGUUUGGGUGAAACACAGCACUAGCAUCUUUAGUGCUCUUUAUUCGCUGUUAGAAAUGCAUUUUCAGCUCUCUCAGUUCUAUUCUCUCCCCUUGGAAAGAUUUUGGAAAGUUUGAGUGUUUAAAAAACCAUCCAUCCAUCUAUCCACCCAUCUCACCCUUUUACUCAGACAGCUAUUUGACAGGAGCCUUGAUGAACGAGAUCAUACAAAUGACAUCAUACGCCAUAAACUGAACUCACUGAACUCUUUCAAUAAACAUGUGAUUUAUCUUAAUGAUCGAUUUUCUUAAAUCCUAAAAGACUUUUUUUUUGGUUUCAGAUUUUUUUGCCCUUCAGACCUUUUUAGUAUGAAAAAUUGGGCUUGUUGUCCAUGGAAAUGUUUUUUUUUUUUCAUCCUGUUCUUUUCAUUUUCAAUCUGAGAAGUGUUAAGGCUGAUUGUGUGAUGUGUAUAGGAUGCAAACACGUUUGGAUUUUUAAGACUGGUGUUACUGAAUAGCUCCUGCGCUACAGUAAUCGAAAAGCUCUUUCAUAUAUUUUAGACAGAUUCACCAUUCACAGAUGCAUUCUGGGAGAAAACAAGAGCUAGAACUGUAAAUGGUCUUCAAGCCAACAGAGCUUUUGACUCAGUCAUGCCAAGCUCAUUCCUUUACUGCGCAAUUUUGAUCAUUUAAUUUUACUGUUUGAGAUAAACAGCCUACAGGAACCUUUGGCGCUCACAGUGAUUGAAGGGAUUAAGAGACAAUUUUGUGAGUUUGGAGGCUUUCAAUUUCUUCAUAAUUAUCAUAAUCCUAAAACGAGAGUUUGUCAGACUAAUAGGCAGGACAGAUGGAAUAGAUUUGCCGCAAAUGUUUGAAUUCAUUUCUAAACACUUAGAGGAGGGUUUUUCUUCUGUACUGUAGUAGUUAGAACAAACUUAAACCUUCAAAAGCAGUUGUGUGAUGUAAAUUCAGUUUAUGAAUUUUUAUCUCUUAUUUAAAGUAUGUUAGAGCCUUUCUACAAUACUAAACACUCUAUUUUUUUCUGUAAAAUUUUUGAUUUGGAGUUUCAUUGGCAUGGAGUUCUUAGAAUUAUAACAGCCUUAAAUUAGUGAUUUACAAGUGCAUAUAUGUCCACAAUUUCAUACCUGACUGUUAGCAAUAUGAAUUUUUGAUUGGCAUGAUGAUGUCCAACUGCAUGUACUAUAUCCACUGCUAUUAUUGAAGUGGAUAUUUUAAUGGCCAGUUUUUAAGUGCUGUAGACUGCAUUUAGCGUAUUGUUUCAUAUAGCUCUUAAGGCAAGUGAGGUCUAUGCCCCCUGCAUUAGCCCACAGUUACAGAUUUUAUCACCCAGACUUUAAUGAUAUGCUUCUUUUGUUUUGGUGUUGAUCCAUUUACUCUGUGGCACCAUAAGAGGAGGUUGUAAACCAAGCUGGCAGUGUCGUAUUACAAUUCUUUCUCCUCUGCUGUGAUUUAUUUUCAUCCAACCAAGAGAUCACGAUUAUGGUUCUGUAUAGUGCUUCAUUAUAAAUAGAUGUUUUCUCAAGCAGCUAUUGAUGGCUGGACCUUACACGUCCUUCCAUUAUCUUAUUAAAACCCAGUUUUUUAAUCCAACGCUUAUUUUAGCCUCUCUUAUCUUUAGCAAUACACUGUCCGCAGGCACUGUUUUUGCCAUUAAUUACUUUUCUCUAAUAUCCUUCAUGUUCAGGACUUGCCAACAUUAUGAAUACACAGAGUUGAGAUUUUCCAAGAAAUCUAACAUUUUUCCACUCUUAUAUGGAAAUCUUCUUACUUUUACUUUCAAAGGGCAAAGCAAUGUAAUAUGUAUGUAUUUUGAAUUUCUGAAUGUGUUUUGUUGCUGUGUAUUUUCUUGCUCAAUUAAGCUCUUAUAAGCCUUUAGCCACCAUUGAGAUGCAUGAAAGCAAUGCGAGGAUGAAGAACUGCCUCUUUCAUUGAUUUACAGGGAAAAGGAUCUGACAUUGACAUUAAUUUGUGUCUAGUUUUAGUUUUGUGUUUUUUUUUAGUUGUUUUUUUUUUUUUCUUUUUUGAGUUGCAGUGCAAUUCAAGGCUCUAGAGUUUCUUAGAGGUUUUGAUAAGGAGAAAGCAGAAAGCAUGGGUUCCAGUGCAAUAUAUUGGGUUUUAAGAAAUGUUUUAUGAAUAUUUUGUUCUGUAACAUGUAGUCAAUAUUUAUCUCUUCAGUGAAAUAUUCUGUUACUGUCUGGUUAAUAAAAUAAUAAUAAAGCAUAUUGAAUAUUUCAUA